UGUAAGCACAGAUGCAUGAACACUUUCGGCAGCUACAAGUGCUAUUGUCUCAACGGAUACAUGCUUAUGCCAGACGGGUCCUGCUCAAUGUUCUCCCUGGGUAUAGAAGAACCAUCCCAGUGUCCUUCCCCUGGUCUGCAGCUAGCUCCUGAUGGGAGGACCUGUGUGGAUAUUGAUGAGUGUGCUACUGGAAGAGUCUCCUGCCCCCGAUUUAGGCAAUGUGUCAACACAUUUGGGAGUUACAUCUGCAAGUGUCAUACUGGCUUUGACCUCAUGUACAUUGGAGGCAAAUAUCAAUGUCACGGUAAUGAAACUGUCGCCCUCGGGCAGCACCAGUGCAGCAGCUCUGCUCGAUGUUACAACAUGCACGGGUCCUACAAGUGUAAAUGCAAAGAUGGAUACGAGGGUGAUGGACUGAACUGUGUGUAUAUCCCCAAGGUCAUGAUUGAGCCUUCAGGUCCAGUUCAUGUGCCAGAGAGAAAUGUUACAACCGUAAAGGGUGAUGGAGGACAUGUUAAUAGGAUUCCUGAUGCUGGAAGUACUAGGUGGCCCCUGAAGACACCAUAUAUUCCUCCUGUCAUUACCAUCAGGCCUACUUAUAGGCCAACAACAAGACCUACACCAAAUCCAACGCCACAGCCUACUCCACCACCCCCACCACCCCUCCCAACAGAGCUCAAAACAACCCCACUACCACCGACCCCAGAAAGGCCAUCCUCCAGACCGACAACUAUAGCACCUGCUACCAGUACAGCUGCUCGAGUGACUACGGUUGACAAUGGGAUACAGACGGAUCCUCAGAAACCCAGAGGAGAUGUGUUCAUUCCACGACAGCCUUCAAAUGACCUGUUUGAAAUAUUUGAAAUUGAAAGAGGAAUCAGCGCGGAUGAUGAAGCAAAGGACGACCCAGGUAUUCUCAUACACAGUUGUAAUUUUGACCAUGGACUUUGUGGAUGGAUCAGAGAAAAAGACAGCGACUUGCACUGGGAGCCGGUCAGGGACCCAGCAGGUGGACAGUAUCUCACAGUGUCUGCAGCCAAAGCCCCAGGGGGAAGAGCUGCCCGCCUGGUGCUGCCUCUCGGCCACCUCAUGCAUUCGGGGGACCUGUGCCUGUCCUUCAGGCACAAGGUGGCGGGGCUGCACUCCGGCACACUGCAGGUGUUUGUGAGAAAACAUGGUGCCCACGGAGCAGCCCUAUGGGGAAGAAAUGGUGGCCAUGGCUGGAGGCAAACCCAGAUCACCUUGCGAGGGGCUGACGUCAAGAGCGUCAUCUUCAAAGGUGAAAAAAGGCGUGGCCACACAGGGGAGAUUGGAUUGGAUGAUGUGAGCUUGAAAAAAGGUCACUGCUGAGAAGAACUCUAGCAGCUCCAGAGCUCGCAGUGAACUGUGUCGUUCUUCCUCUUUUUCCAAUCCUUACCUUCUCAUCUCCCCCUUAUCAGGCCUAGGGCAAGAGUGGUUCAGGAGGAAGGCUAGUUGGUGACGCAGGUCUUGGUGGCCUGCUUUUGUGCAAUCCCAAUGAACAGUGAUACCCUCCUUGAAGUUUGGGAGCAUCUGGAGACACAUCUAGGCCCUUCUGGGAUGGUACCUUCCACCCUGUGUCUCCUUUAUGAAGGUCUUUGGCACAUGUGACCCAUGCCAUCCUUCAUCCUGGUUACAGAGUGGGCCUGAUAGCCAGUUGUGGGAGAAGUUUCCAUUCUGUGAUCUGUCCAGUGUUGUGCCAUGAGUAGUGCUGACUUUGCUUACAGUAUGAUGUACAGCGUGCUUGUGAAACUAGUUGAUUCUUUUCACUUGUUCUGGCCUGACCUCACUCUGACUUUUACUGCCUCACACUUUAUAAUAGAAGGGCGCAUAACAUAUUAAUAUGCAUUUAUUCUUGUAAACUGUUUUUCUUUUAAAGAGAGUUAUGUAGGGUGGGCAUGGAAUUCCUUGUUAGUAGUACUGUGAUUGUGUAAAUGUGCUAUUAAUAUAAGUAUAUAUGUGUUCCUGAUAUUCACAGACUCUAGUUGCAAGGUCAAAGGCAGCUUAUGACAGCUUGAGCUAAAAAAAUGCAUGGUGAAAUGUCAUCCAUGCCAUGACCUUAUACUGACAGAGGUGUCUGGGUGGGGUAGUGGAAUGACUUUAUUUCCAUGCCCUUGAGUUUGAUCUUUACAAAAGAAAGUAAACCAUUAAGGGAAGCAAGGACCUGCAGUUAAUGUAUAAAACCUUUAUGCUUUGAGUUAUACUUUAAACCAACAUCUUUCACCAUUGUAACAUGGCUCCACUGGUGAGAAACUUGGUAGAGACGUGUGGGGAGUGGAAGUGUAGAGGCCCAUGGGCCAUUCACAAUGAGCUUCAAGUUGACAGCGUGCCCACUAGUGUAGCUCAUGGCUUCCGAGUUAGCCCAGGCUGGGAUGGGAAGCAGGCCUGUGCACCAAGGCACUGCAUGCAAUGGAAUGAGACACACGCAACACAG